CGAGGCUGUCCUGGGAAGUAAGCCAUUCCCACAUAAUCGGGAACACCUUUGGCAGAACCGAAACGACCCCGACCUGCGUGUGUUUGUGUGUUUCCAAUUGAAAUGUGUAUUCGCUUCUGUGCACCUGCGUGAAGAUCGUGAGCGGUAACGAAACGCAGACAACCGACCAGACAAGCGAAACCUUCUGCCAAGAAUUGUUCACACCGCACUCUGUCCUCCGGUGUCCCAUAUUCUAACGAACCCAUCCUCCACCGGGAACCGGUUACCCGGGGUUCGUUGCUUCCGCGGUGAAAUCUCUUCGCUCUUUGCUCUCCUUUGCUACGCGCUGAGUCAUAGCGGCGAUCUCGCUGCUGGUGGUGCUGGUAUCGUGUGAAGAAAGGGCCUUUUUGGCACGGCUUGCGCCCCUUUGCGGUGUUGGUGACCAACGUGCCACCAACGGUGGUGGAAAAAUGGAAAUGUGAGUCAGCAACCAUCGACCAGCGACCAUUGACCAGCGGCUUCAUCUCGAGCACGGGCGCAGAAUUCGAACGUGGAGCAGUGAAGAAGUGGAUUCGUUUCGCUUGGCGUCGGUUCCACAGUCGGUGAUCGAUCGUGAGUGCUGCGCUUCCUACUGGUGUUGCACCAUUUUGCAAUAAUUGCAGAUCAACCAACGGUGUGCCAAGUGAUCGUACAGCAGAAGAAACCCCACAUAGUCCGUCACCAUUACCGGUCGCUUGCCAACAAGGAGAUAGUGUGGUGAGCAAAGUGUGCCCGUGUUUGUGUCCACAACUGGUGAUCGUCGUUGCUGCCGCUGUUCUCUGUAUGUGCGAAGAAAGCGUCCAAGCGGACGAAAGCCAUUUACCAGCCGGCUGUGGCGAAGGGGUCGCGAGCGUUGCCAUUUACCUCUAACAUUCAACGUCUCACGGUCGGACCCGGGAUCGUAGUGCGUGUGCUCAUUGUGAAAUCCAGCAGCUCCGUCCAGCUUCAGCGUCUUCCACUCUCCAGAGCACGUUGAAGAAAAGCUACCCAAGUGCUGCUAGAGUGUUUGUGCGCUCGAACGGAUGCUAACCAGUUCCGGAAGGCGUUCCGAUGGUCGCUUGAGUGCUUGCGAAGGGCAAACAUCGUCGCGAUCUCACCGAUCCACAGAGCGAUCGCACCGGCGAUCGAUCCUCAAACCCGCGUGCCAUCAUCAUCAUCAUCGCGUUGCAGUCAUGCACAUGCCCAAGCACUGCAGCAGAAUGCACCCAAGGUUGAAACUGGUUUUCCUGGUGGCUCUCGUUGGCCUCUCGAUGGGACCGGUUGCCCGGGCGCAGAUCAUCAACCGGACGCCACACUUCAUCCCGGGCAGUGGCGAUAUGUCCCGGUUCAGUUUACUCGAAAACACUCCGGUCGGCAGCGUGGUCUAUCAGUUGCGAGGUGUCGAUCCUGAGGGCAGCAGAUUGCGGUUCAGCAUCUCCGGUCCGGUGUUUAGUGUGGAUCGCGAUUCGGGAGUCGUACGAUUGCGACAAUCACUAGAUCGUGAGCAACAGGACACGGUGGAAGUCAUCAUCAGCAUCACAGAUGAGAGUGUUCUCGGUACGGAACCAAACACGGUGUCACUGAGACGCGAAAUACCGAUCCGGGACUACAACGACAACGCUCCGGUGUUCAUUGGCCGACCGUACAGUGCCACGAUCAGUGAAGCGACCGCACCGGGCAGUAACGUCACCGUCACACCGGACAUCAUUGCAACGGACCAGGACGAGGGUGUGAAUGCCGAGCUGAGCUUUAGCUGCUACCAGGACCCUAGCAAAGGAUCGGACGACAUUUGUGACGUGUUUGCGGUCCACACGGAGAAGAUCGCACAGGGCAAGUUUGCGGCAUCGUUGGAGCUCCGGAAGCCGCUAGACUUCGAGACACGUCCUUCAUACAUUCUAACGAUCCAAGCGAAAGAUGGCUCACCAACGAACGCCCUUCGUGCGUACGCAACUGUAGCCAUCACGAUUCUCGAUGUCCAGGAUCAACCACCCGUCUUCAUUAAUGCCCCGUAUUCAGCAACGAUUCCGGAAAACACAAUCGAAGGAACGGCCGUCCUCACGAUAAAUGCAACCGAUGGUGACACCGGGAACCCGAACGCGCUCAUGCUGAUGCUCGAGAACGAACCGAUGGGACACUUCCGGCUCAACUAUAUCGGCCAUCCACGAUCCGGUGUGGCCGAGCUGAUCACCACCGGAAAGCCACUCGAUCGCGAAGAUCCCAUCAUCACACAGAACGGUGGUGCGUACACGUUCGGUAUCCGAGCGACGGAGCUGAUCAACAACGAACUACCGGGUGAUACAACGGUCUCCCAGAUUACGAUCGUACUGACCGACGUUGACGAUCAUUUUCCAGAGUUCAACCAACCGAGCUACGAUGUGACGAUUCCGGAGAACCUGGAACAAGACACACCACUACCCGGGCUCGCGAUCGUCAUCACGGAUAAAGAUCUCGGUCCAAACAGCCGCUACACGCUCGCUCUGCGCAAUGUCCGCAACGCUGAGGA